CAAAUACAAAAAAGGACUUGAUUAUUUGGGCCUAAUGGCCCAUAUAUUUUUAAAAAUAUACCGGGCCCAGAUUCACACUCACAGAUACGUCGUCGUUUUUGUGUCGUUUGGGGUUGACUCUGAAGAAUUUCUUUCCUCACAAGACACAAAAACAAUGUUAAGUACACUAGUGUCAUCCUCAUCCAGAUUCUUCUCUUCUUCAAUCGGAAAAACUUCUUCGCUCUAUAGAUCCUCGAUUCCUUCGUUUUCUCGCUUAUCAGUGCGAUCAAUGGCGGAUUCAGCUUUCAGGAAAAUUCAGAUCCAAAGAGAUGACACUACAUUUGAUGCCUAUGUGGUCGGUAAAGAUGAUGCGCCUGGGAUUGUGGUGAUUCAAGAAUGGUGGGGUGUUGACUUUGAGAUCAAGAACCAUGCUAUUAAAAUCUCACAACUUGAGCCUGGAUUCAAAGCCCUUAUACCUGACUUGUAUCGAGGAAAGGUUGGUUUGGAUACUGCAGAGGCACAGCAUCUAAUGGAUGGCCUUGAUUGGCCAGGUGCUAUCAAAGAUAUCCGCGCUUCUGUUAAUUGGCUAAAAUCCAAUGGCUCAAAAAAGGUUGGUGUCACUGGAAUGUGCAUGGGAGGUGCAUUAGCUAUAGCUAGCUCUGUAUUGGUUCCUGAGGUGGAUGCUGUUGUUGGAUUCUAUGGAACCCCUUCCUCAGAGCUCGCAGAUCCAGCACAAGCUAAGGCACCUAUUCAGGCUCAUUUUGGAGAGCUCGACAAUUUUGUCGGUUUUUCUGAUGUCACGGCAGCAAAGAAUCUCGAAGAGAAGCUGAAAGCGUCUGGAGUAGCACAUGAAGUUCACAUCUAUCCAGGUAAUGGACACGCGUUCUUGAACAGGAGUCCAGAAGGAGUGAGCAGAAGGAAAAGCAUGGGACUUUCUGAUGAAGAUGAAGCCGCAGUGGAGCUUGCUUGGUCUCGCUUCACCUCCUGGAUGAAACAGUACUUGGCUUAAGCUUUCUUCCAUCAGGCAGCAAUGGUUGAUGUAAGUCCCAAAACGUUGUGUGAUGCCCAAUCAUCUUUAAAUAAGGACAUUGCUCUUAGAACUUUUAAUCUGAACCAAAUAAAGAGGUUUGUUUACUUGUGAAUCAGUAUUGAGUGGAAAUGUUCGAAGCCUUUUUUGUAAAUUAGGACUAAUAUCGAUGUGUCUCGUCUUUUUGUAAUUGUAAUGAGUUCAAUCCCGGAAACUAGGAAAUGAUAGUGUACAUGUAGUAAAACUGAAUUACUGCCAAGUCUGUUAUAUCAGCUUAUAAGUACUCAAUUGUGAAUACAUCAAAGACAUUCUCCUAGCAAGGCGUUUCCGCUUAGGCUGCACACGUCGGCUCUCUCAAUGGUCUCCCAUGCUUAGCAAACUCAUGUAAUCACAAGUUUCUUUGUAAUAGUUAUCUAAGGCUUUUUUAAAAAAUUUGGUCUUAGAAGCUCCUUGCCCCAAGCUUUUGUAAAUAAACAUGUUCCUUUUGGUAAUAUAAUUCACAUUUUAUCAAAAAAA